AGCGGCUAAACAUUAUCCGGACCUUAUAGUCCCGUGGGCCCAGCUGCCCACACUUGCGAAACAUAACGAGUGGUGGACAUUGGUUUAGCUAAGGAGCCCUGAGCCAAUCCCACUAUGGCCCAUCCCCCUGGGAACCUGCCAGGCAUGCAGCAGAAUGUCAGAGUGGAUCCAGAGGAGCUCUUCACCAAGCUGGAGCGCAUUGGCAAGGGUUCGUUCGGCGAGGUCUUCAAAGGCAUUGACAAUCGAACUCAGAAAGUGGUGGCCAUCAAGAUCAUUGACCUGGAGGAAGCUGAGGACGAGAUCGAAGAUAUUCAGCAGGAGAUCACUGUGCUGAGCCAAUGUGACAGCCCAUUUGUCACCAAAUACUAUGGCUCCUACCUGAAGGAUGCCAAGUUAUGGAUCAUCAUGGAGUAUUUAGGAGGAGGCUCAGCUUUAGAUUUGAUGGAGCCUGGUGCUCUUGAUGAGACCCAAAUUGCGACCAUUCUGAGAGAAAUCCUCAAGGGGCUGGAGUAUCUGCACUCUGAGAAGAAGAUCCACCGGGAUAUCAAAGCUGCCAACGUGCUACUUUCUGAGCAAGGCGAGGUGAAGCUGGCAGAUUUCGGUGUUGCCGGCCAACUCACCGACACUCAAAUCAAACGCAACACAUUUGUAGGCACGCCUUUCUGGAUGGCUCCUGAGGUCAUAAAACAGUCUGCAUAUGAUUCUAAGGCAGAUAUCUGGUCUCUGGGCAUCACCGCCAUUGAGCUGGCGAAAGGAGAACCACCACACUCUGAGCUCCAUCCCAUGAAGGUUUUAUUUCUGAUCCCAAAGAACAACCCUCCGACUCUGGAGGGAAACUACAGCAAGCCACUCAAGGAGUUUAUUGAGGCUUGCCUCAACAAGGAGCCCAGUUUUAGGCCGACUGCCAAGGAGCUGCUGAAGCAUAAGCUAAUUGUACGUCACGCUAAAAAGACAUCUUACUUGACUGAGCUGGUGGACAAGUACAAACGGUGGAAGGCGGAGCAAUCAAGAACCGCAGAGUCCAGUUCGGAUGAGUCUGACUCGGAGCACGAUGGGCAGGCAUCGGGUGGAAACGACUUUGGCAGUGAUAACUGGAUCUUUACCAUCCGGGAGAAGGAUCCAAAGAAGCUACAAAAUGGCGAGGGGCAGUCAGGGGCAACUGAGCAGACUAAAGACAUUCCAAAGAAGCCUUAUUCACAGAGCCUGUCCGCAGUCAUCACUCCUGUGUUAGCCGAGCUCAAGGCCAGACAUGAGCAAGUGAACCGGAACCCUGUGGUCCUGGACGACUUGAAGGAGGCCAUCUUGCGGGCUGAGCAAGCCUACCCUGGCAUUUCGGAUUCACUGGUGGCGCACAUGAUCCACAGGCUUCAGAGUUACUCCACAAGCAGAUCAUCCUCUUCUUUCCCAUAGUAAAUGGCUGUAUGCUACCCACCCACGAAACCAUCUCUCCUACCUCCCACAGGCACCCCCUUCUGCCAUUGACCCAUUCACUCAGUAGCAGUUGAUAUCGAUCAACAUUUAUUCUGACGGGACUUGUGCUGACUUUGUCGCUACAUGGCAUUUUUCCCAGCCAAGAGGUGAGGCUCUCAAAGCCCCAAGGCAAGGCUUAAAUCCAGGCUCUCUCCUUUUAACCCAAGCCCACACCCUAUCCCAUCGGAACCUUUUGACAAAGCAUGCAUGGUGUGAACGUCUUCUUUGCACCAACAUGCCUAAUGGUAAACAGCGUUCUUCAUGAAAAAACUCAGGUAAAGUGCUUUAAGUUGACUGUCAAAUGGGUGGUGGUGUCAGUUUGCAGGAGCUGAAUCACUGUGUACAAAAUGCCCCCUCCACACACACUUCUACUGAAAAAUAACAGAAUAAGCAGAAUUUUUUUUUUGUUUUCAUUUUAAGGCGCAUGUCACUUCUUCACCAUUUGUAUUAUUUGAUUAAUCAGUCUGCAAGUUAUGGAGACCCACACCUAAUAGUGGCCACCAAAUAAGGUAUACGGUGCUUAUUUGUAGUCAUGAUAUUUACUGGAAUAUCCGGACUACAAAACAGACCUGAUUAAAAGUCGCAACAGCUAAUUUUAGCCAUAAAAACUAAUUUGUGCAUACAUAAGCCAUUUCGGACUAAUAACCGCGGGUCUCUACAUUAUUAACUAGGGUAUGAUCUAUUUUAUAAACACCAGUAGAUGCUUUUCCUCACUCCAAACAAUGCCAAACACAGACAAAGUUACACAGCGUUCCAGAAACCUUCUCAGACUCUUGGCGUCACACUAAGCAAAUUCACAGAUGAGCUUAGACCAGUGUGGCACUGCAGAGACAGCUGUAUUUAUUGCACUUAUUCCCUUUGGUGAAACACAACUUAAGACACUUAUUUUGGCUCUCAAUUGCUUCGUCACAUAGCCGCACGUGCCCCUUCUGUGUUGUUGUCCCUUUCCAGAGUCUGUGUCUCACAGUUAUCCUUUUCUCGCAGCUAUACAUCUUGCUCCAACUGCAAAUAGCUGAUGAACAUUCAGUAUGAGGGUGGACUUGAACACUGGCAUUGAUCCACUGUGACGUAUUUGCUCAUUUCAUUGGUCAAAUAUGACUGACAAGAAUGGGUAAAUCUAUUGAUGGCUCGUCGGUAAAAAUCCACAAAUACAGUAUACCACAUUACUGCAGGGUUCAAAGUUUAGGGGAGAAAAAUAAAACUGCUUGUAAUCUGAAAAAUGCAGUAUACAACGUGCGCAUAAAAUGUGACCUCAAAAUACUAAUUUGUGGACACAAAAAGAGUAUCACAUGCACAGAAACCAUAAUACUAAUUUAUGGAUUAAAUAUCAUUCCCAAGAGCAAUUUGUAUGUCUGAAUAAGCAAACAGAGCACACCUAACUAUAACUGCAGUACACAAUGUCCUUAAGGUAAGGUUGUUGUUGUUUUUUUUUUAUAUUUAAAAAUGCCUCUUGUUAAUAAUACCUUGCAAUGCCAGGCUUUUCAGGAUAUCUUUGUAGUUGAUCCCCAUCGGAAACUAUCAUUCAUUCAUACCCCUAUCUCUGACGUGUAGUUUAAAACCUACCCUAUACCGUAACCUUUUCAAGAGAAGGUGCACUUUAUGUGCUUAUUGGCUGGAGCCACCAGAUACUGGUGGUCACAAAUUAGUGUCUUGUGUGCAUAGAAUUUCUAAAUUUUGUGCCACAAUAUCCAACCCCCCAUGUCAUGUCAUGUCUGGUACUCCGAAGUGAGUCGAUGUGAGGGGACUUGUGGGGCAACACAGCCAAACAAUACCAUGCAUCAUGCCCACUUCACUUGAAGUGCAUUGAUUUGUGUUUUGUAUUAACUGUUAUACUUUCCAUUUCAUUUUUUUAACUCCAUGAAAGUGCAGCACUUUCUGAAAGCAAACAUUUUUACAGUUGCUAACAGCCAUGUGUUUCUAUGUUUACUCAAGAGCUCCACAAUCUACUGUGCUAAUGCAGCAAUAAUGUUGAUAAGUUGUACCACUUGUCAGCACAAGUAAGAAGCGAAUUAAGAAAUAUAUGGUAUUUUUAUAACUGCAGUUAU